AUGAUUGCCCAAUGCUGUGACCAGCAGCGCGAUGCUUUGUCGACUACCCAUUCUUCGAUAUUGGUACCUGCAUUCAACGGCUGCGGGACAGCCUUCGGUGUGGUGCCGUUGAGGAAAUGCAAGUUAUUCCGAUUGAGAGGUUCAUGCCGUGUGAUAGCUAAGAAUCGCGCCGUCCGAGAUGAUGUUUUGUUUUCUGUUAUAAAUUCUACAAUCGUGUGA